UAUCUCUCUAUUCUAUAUAAACACAUAAACGUGAGUCACAGUGAUUACGCAGAGAUAGUUGAUUGGGUCAGCUACAGUUAUUAUAUCAGAUUCAGUCCCAUGCAAAGAGUAAAUUAGGUCACAUUUGUGAUUAGUCAUAUAUAAGUAACAGAAAGAAUUAUUAAAAUGGUAUCUUCGACAUUUACUUCCAUGCUAUUCCUUCUCCUCCUCCUGUUUUCGUUUCAUAUGGGUGAAGCUCUUGGUGCUCAAACUGAAAUCCGCAAAAUCAGUGAGACAAUUAGGAUGAGGAGGAAUUUGGAAGAAGAGACAAUUAGGAUGAGGAGGAAUUUGGAAGGCAAUGACUACAAAAACUCUAAAAUGUGGAUGAGACGGAGCUAUUCACCACAGUGCCAACAAUAUGAAAGGUUUAAAAACAUGGUGACCACUAAUGGUGAUGAUGACCAUGGUUUGGACGACCCAUGUUUCCCCUUCACCUGUUUUAAUGGCUGGGGUCCCGGCAGUCAAAGUUGCACCUACACCAAAUACUGCCACGCAGUUUAUGGCGCACCCCCGAGGUGCAGCAUCAGCGAGAACUGUUCCUCAGAUUAAUAGAUUUAUCAUCUAUCGGGUGCAAAAUUAAUACAAAUAAUACUCCAAUGCUGUUUCAAAUGUGUUUCGUAUUCUACUUUUAUUGCCUUUCUCUAUUCUCAUCUUCUUGAUCAAAUUGUAAUCUCCAAAUGAUAUGUGUAUGGAACAGUUGUAUAACCUUUGUGAGUUGGAACAAUAUGUACAAUGUUAGCUAGCUAUAACACUUUCUAUCUAUGGACCAAA